AUACCUCAUCUUCAUGCUGCUCCUGUACUUGCUCGGCCUCACUCAAAUAAAACAGGAUUCACUCGGACUACCAGGUACAAGGCAAAACCCCUCGGAGUCAUCAAGGAAAUUAAAAAGGUCAGGCCCUGCAAUGAGAUGCAGUUUCCUUUGGGCCACUAAAGAGCAAACAGAACUACACAAUCCACUGAGGACGCAGUGUCCGUCUCCCACCCUGUCCAUUGCAGAGGUAGCAGCGACUCCUAGAAUACCACCCCCUUCCCAUCGCCAGCAUGUCUGCUGUUACCUCAGCAACCCCAGCCCCUCCUCAGGGAGUCAACCCCCCACCCCCGGAGGUGACCAAUCCCACCAAACCAGGUCGGAAAACCAACCAACUACAGUACAUGCAGAAUGUAAUGGUCAAGACGUUGUGGAAGCAUAACUUUGCCUGGCCCUUCUACGUGCCAGUUGAUGCCAUCAAAUUGGGACUACCGGAUUACCAUAAGAUCAUAAAGCAACCMAUGGACAUGGGAACCAUCAAAAAGAGACUGGAGCAUAACUACUAUUGGAGUGCCAGUGAAUGCAUGCAGGACUUCAACACCAUGUUCACCAACUGUUACAUAUAUAACAAGCCAACAGAUGACAUUGUCCUGAUGGCACAGGCCUUGGAGAAGAUCUUCCUGCAGAAAGUUGCCAUGAUGCCCCAGGAGGAGGUGGAGCUUCUGCCUCCUGCACCCAAACCCAAGAAAAGCAUAGGUGGUCUGGAUGGAAGUGAGUCACCAUCGUCCUUCCCUGGCUCUACGACAUCUGUGAUUGGCUCUUCUACAAUGUCUACCAUCACCCCCAAAGUCCCAGCUGUGCAGCGCUCGCCCAAUGCUCCCACGAUUCCCGUCGUCUCACCCUCACAACCUCUUGUCAAAAAGAAAGGGGUAAAGAGGAAAGCAGACACCACCACCCCCACGACAUCUGCAAUCACAGCCAGCCGAAGCGAAUCUCCCAGCCCCGUCUCAGAGGGCAAGCAGGGUAAAGUGAUGUCCAGAAGGGAGAGCACAGGCCGUCCGAUCAAAGCUCCCAAGAAAGACCUUGUGGAAGGGGAGUUGGGCCAGCAUGGCGGCAAGCGGAGCAGAAUGAGUGAGCAGCUCAAGUACUGCGACAGUAUCCUGAAGGAGAUGUUGUCAAAGAAACAUGCUGCGUAUGCCUGGCCCUUCUAUAAGCCUGUAGACGCUGAGGCUCUGGAGCUACAUGACUACCACGAGAUCAUCAAGCACCCCAUGGAUCUCAGCACUGUCAAAAAAAAGAUAGAUGGCCGGGAAUACCCAGAUGCACAGAUGUUUGCAGCGGAUGUUCGAAUAAUGUUCUCAAAUUGUUACAAGUAUAACCCUCCAGAUCACGAGGUUGUUGCCAUGGCCAGAAAACUCCAGGAUGUGUUUGAGAUGCGUUUUGCUAAGAUGCCUGAUGAACCGGUGGAGCUGAGCCCCGGUGCAGGCGGUUUGGUCAGUAAAGGUGACAACUCGAGCAGCGGUGACUCCUCCAGCUCGGACUGCUCCGACUCGGAGGAGGAGCGGGCCUCCCGGCUCGCCGAGCUGCAGGAACAGGUGGGUGCGGAACAGUGUAUCUCUCUGGAGCGCCCCAAUGGUAGCGGGCAGGGGGGAAAAAACGGGUGCACCAAGCGUUUUCAGCUAAAGGCUGUCCACGAACAGCUUUCCGCGCUCUCUCAGGCCCCUGUGAGCAAACCGAAGAAGAAAGAAAAGAAGGAGAAAGACAAGAAGAAGAAAGACAAGGACAACAAGCAUAGCAAAACCAAGACGGACGAGGAGAAGAAGGCCAAGUCUGGGCAGCCUGCCAAGCAGGGCCAGCAGAAGAAACCCUCCAGGAAAGCCAACAGCACAGUGACUGGCUCCAGGCAACCAAAGAAGGGGGGCCGGGGCUACGAGUCUGACGAGGAGGAGUCUCUGCCUAUGACGUACGACGAGAAGCGCCAGCUCAGCCUGGACAUCAACCGGCUCCCAGGAGAGAAGCUGGGCCGGGUUGUGCAUAUCAUCCAGUCCCGAGAGCCCUCGCUGCGAGACUCCAACCCAGACGAGAUCGAGAUUGACUUUGAGACGCUCAAACCCUCCACCCUACGCGAACUCGAGCGAUACGUCAAGUCCUGUUUACAGAAGAAACAACGGAAACCCCAACAGAAGGGUGCUGGUACCGGUGCAUCCCGUCUCAGCGGCAGCAGUAGUUCUUCAGAUUCUGGCAGCAGCAGCUCCAGUGGGUCCAGUUCUGACAGCAGUGACUCCGACUGAAAAGCGCAGCCCAUACACUUGCUGGGAACUAUUCAUUUACAUUUUUACCAUUUUUUAAAGUAAAAUGUUGUAUGCAGUCAGUUGUUUCCCCCUAUAACACUUUGAGGAAAAAACAACAAAAUGUAAUGCUAUGUCAGAACAUGUCAAGUUUUUUUUGUAAAUACCUUUGUGGAAAGAAAAAGGAAAAAACAUGGGAAAUUAUAGAUUACUUGACAGGGUUAUUUUUGUUUAAUCUACCUUUUCAAGGGGAUGUGUUAAGAACCGACCAAACAUAAAACGAGGAUUUUGUAAUACACUCUUGGAUGAAUGCCAGAUGUCUUUUCAUUUCUCCUAAUACCAUCAUCAACAAAGUGAAGGAGUUGCAUAGUUACCAAAAUGCCGCAGAACCCCAUGUCCUACUUGUCCCAUCACUGCUACAUAAGCAACCAUUUGCCCAGCUGGUACUGUAACUGUCCUAUUCAAUUACUUUCAUCAAGACAUUUUCAAAACUUCUCAUCCAGCUUAGUMUUUUUCACCCUUGUAACAAAAAGAGCUCUCUUGGAAUAGGCCCUUAUGUGAAUUUUGAGUUGUCACUCUUCCAAUCAUUUGACUUUCUACAAAAAUGUUUUGUAAUUAUUCUUUUAAAUUGAAAGUUUUAUUUAACUAGACAAGAACAAAUUCUUAUUUACAAUG